GAGAUGUUUUAAAUUGAUAUAAGUGCUAUCACGUUAAAUAAAAUGGGAACGGUGCAUGCUAAAGCCGAUUUAACAGAUACCCCCAAUUCUAACUUAAACAGUAAAGCCAUGUUUAGGGAGCCUCCGGAUAAGGAACACAUUAAAGAAAUCGACUUGGAAGGUGUAAAGGCUAGAGUAGACAAAAUACAUGUAGAUGGGUUAUCACGAACGAAAAAUGAUAUUAUAGAAGAUUGUAUUAAGGAACUAUUUAAAGCAAAAGAUUUUCAAGAUGUACUUCUAAAAGCACAUAAAGCUCGUGUAAAAUUGGAUGAAUUAGGAUGCUUUAAAAAUAUUUCUGUAUAUAUUGAUACCAGUAAAGGAUCAAAAGCUACUCCAGAUGGUUUAGAGGUUACAUUUAAUGUAAAAGAACACAAAAGAAUAACAGGUGGAGUUAGUACCCAUGUGGGAAACAAUGAAGGUGUUCUACAAAUUGGAAUGAGAGCUCCAAAUAUCUUUGGCAGAGGUGAGAGAGUUCAAGUUGAGUACAGUCAUGGUUCCAAGAAAUCCAGUAAUUUCAAUUUAGCAUUUAUUAAACCUUUUAGAGGCAAAUACCGUCCUACUAGUGGUUCAUUACUCCAGUUGACUUCUGAAGUUGCUGGUUUAGGUGGAGAUGUUGGUUUCCUGAAGAAUGAUAUAUUCGUUCAAGGAAAUUAUUCUAUUGCUGAGGAUAUAGUUUUUCAAGCAUGUUUCAGCACGGGUUACAUGACCAGUAUUAGUAACGAUUUGAAAAUAAGUCUUUCUGACAUGUACUUCCUAGGAGGUCCAUUAUCACUAAGAGGAUUCCAAAACCGUGGAGUUGGACCUCACUCCGACGGAGAUGCGCUCGGAUCUAAAGCUUACUGGGCUGGAGGUCUACAUCUUUUUACACCAUUGCCUUUCAGGCCAGGUCGAGGAGGAUUUGUACUUAAGGAUGGCAACUUACUCGAUUUAAUCCAGAAUAACUUAAGGGUGUCGUAUGGACUUGGAGUUGCAUUGAGACUGGGUAAUAUGGCUCGCUUAGAAAUAAAUUACUGCUUUCCAUAUAUUUACGACAAAGGAGACCAAACCCACCCAGGUGUUCAGUUCGGAAUAGGGGUCCAAUUUUUGUAAUGAUAAAUUACAAAGUAUUGGGAAGUUUUAGUCAGUACAAACUGUAUAAUUACAAAAAUCAAGUGUGUAUGUACCAUAGAAGUGAAAUCUUGUUAUUUAUUAAAAUUGACAUUGUUGCCUU